GCCAAUGCACACUUUCUUUUACCUUCUUUCUCCAUUUGUUCACUCUGAUAAGGACCAUUGGACCCAACACUACACACAAUAUUACCAAACCUAAAGAAUUUUUUUUCUUUCAAAAUGAACCAAAAGAAAAGAAAAGAAGAGUAUAUUAAUUUAUUAAGUAGUAGCGAAAACUCAAAAGAGUAAAGAAGCAGAAGAUAGAAGAAGAACAACAACACACGCGAGAAAUUUCAGAUCUUUCCUCUCUCCGCAUCUCCCUUUUUGCAUCCUCGUGUAAUCAUCGUCUAAGAAGAAGAAGAAGAAUCCUUUUGCUUGUUGCUUUACUUUCUCUGCAAACUUUCGUAUCUUUGCGUGUUUGAGAAUCUCUCUAUCUUUCUCGGAUUUGGAGAGUUAUCGAAGAGAUCGUGUCACAUUAAGGUAAAAACAGAGUUUUAAUUAGAGUUCUGUUUCGGUUCUGUUUUUUUUUUGGUUUGUCGGUGGGUUUACUGUUACCCCUUCCGAGAAUCGAGGGUUGAGAUCUCAUCCGUAUUGUUCUUCUUCAAUCGGCAUUACUGCGAAAUCUAACGUUUUUAUUGUUUUUUCCGAAUCACUGAUUCAGCGGAAUAACAGAGAUUGAAGACAAGUCUUUAAUGCAGAGAAAUCGUGUGAAAAUGGAUUCUUAAGCCCCACUUUUAGUUGCAGAUCUGGAGCUUUUUACUGGGUUUCUGCUAAUUUAUCGACAAGAACAAAAAAAGGUUUGUUUUGUCUCACAAGUGAUGGUCGUAUGACUCACAUGCAUGUCCUCUGAGCUCGUUUAGCAUCAAUAAGCUUUCCCUUUGAAUUGAUAUGUCAGGUGUUGAAGAAAUCAGUACACUUGACGAAUUUAGGGAAAGAAGAUCAGACUUUGAAAUCUCAGAAGAUGAGAGACGGCGCUCAAAAAUAGGGAAUUUGAAGAAGAAAGCCAUUAAUGCUUCAACCAAGUUCACUCAUUCUUUGAAGAAACGGGGGAAAAGGAAAAUUGACUAUCGGGUUCCUGCAGUCUCCAUUGAAGAUGUAAGGGAUGAAAAAGAGGAGAGCGUUGUGCUUGAAUUCCGCCGUAAGCUUCUUGAGAGAGAUUUGUUACCUCCUAGACAUGAUGAGUACCAUACUCUUCUGAGGUUUUUGAAAGCUAGGGAUCUUAACAUUGAAAAAACCACCCAGUUGUGGGAAGAAAUGCUUAGAUGGAGAAAAGAGUAUGGGACAGAUACCAUACUAGAGGAUUUUGAUUUCGAAGAGCUUGAAGAAGUUUUGCAAUACUAUCCUCAAGGCUAUCAUGGAGUUGAUAAGGAAGGAAGACCUGUCUACAUUGAAAGACUUGGAAAAGCUCAUCCCUCUAAGCUUAUGCGUAUCACCACCAUAGAUAGAUAUUUAAAGUACCAUGUGCAAGAGUUUGAGAGAGCUCUCCAGGAGAAAUUCCCUGCAUGCUCAAUUGCUGCAAAGCGUCGAAUCUGUUCCACAACUACAAUACUGGAUGUGCAAGGAUUGGGAAUUAAGAACUUUACACCAACAGCUGCAAAUCUUGUGGCUGCCAUGUCGAAGAUAGACAACAGUUACUACCCUGAGACGUUGCACAGAAUGUACAUUGUAAAUGCUGGAACAGGUUUCAAAAAGAUGCUUUGGCCUGCUGCUCAGAAGUUUCUUGAUGCAAAGACCAUUGCAAAGAUACACGUGCUAGAGCCCAAAUCUCUAUUUAAGUUACAUGAAGUCAUUGAUUCAAGUCAAUUGCCAGAAUUCCUUGGAGGUUCAUGCUCUUGCUUUGGUGAUGGAGGAGGGUGUCUUCGCUCUAAUAAAGGACCCUGGAAUGAUCCUGAAAUAAUGAAGCUCAUCUACCAUGGAGAAUCAUCACUUUUUAGGCAAAGCACCAGAAAGCUGACUGACCCGCAUUAUUCUUCUUCCUACAUAAGUAUACAUCCAUCAAAGGCUAUACAAGCUGAGACUUCAGCAGCAGAGUCGAUAUCUUGUUCUGAUGUUCCUUCUUCUCCAACUGGAAGAUUAUGCUCAGCCUCUUCUCAUGUGAAUUCAGCUUAUGAGGAAGCUAGGGCAUCAGAUGUUAAUGGCUAUUAUAGUUGCGACGACAAGUUUGCCAUACCUGACAAAGCUACUAACCGAAAAGGCCAAGAAAGGCAAUCCCAAUACCAAAUGCGUGAACUUAAUGCAACAACUAUCGGUUUAAAAUGUGAAACAUCUUCACCAGGUGCUCCCAUCAUCCGUUGGCUUCAUGAUUUAAGGGUAAUGAUUGACAAGAUAAAAUGUGAGAACCUAGCGAAAAGACUACUUUCGUUAAUGCUGAAACUAGCUGCAGUUUUUCGUUAUACUCCGCUUGAGCUUCUGAGAAGCCAGACUACAGUCAGCCCUUCAAGUCUAACAGAAGAUGACAGUCGGUGCAGCCUCAUCUCACCACCUCCUAGAGAGCCCACAAUGAAAGACCGGAUUCUUCCAUGUUUGGAACGUAUUCAGAAACUGGAGAAAAGUUAUGAGGAUAUUCGGAACAAACCCGUUGCAAUACCUGUAGAGAAGGAGAGAAUGUUGAUGGAUUCUUUAGAUAGAAUCAAGUCAGUUGAGUUUGAUCUCGACAAAACAAAGAGGCUUUUACACGCCACGGUGAUGAAACAGAUGGAGAUAACUGAAAUGCUGCAAAAUAUACGAGACUCCCAACUUCACAGAAGAAGAAGAUUGUUCUGUUAAUAAACCAUAAGAGAACAUCUGAGUUUUGCAUAAAUACAAAUCUGCACAUACAGAGAAAGAGAGAGAGAGAAUUGAAAACAAAAGACAUGUUAGUUUCUUUAGCUCUUUCCCUUCUCUUCUAACUUAUUUCACAACUUUUUUUUGCCUUUCUAAAUAGGUCCCUAUGCUUCCACUUUUUAAGUUAUAAAAAGAAGAAGAAGAAGAUAGUGACAGAGAAAGACUCUGAUGAUCAAUCCUGUCUGUGAUAAUUUAGAUUGAGAGAGAUCAGAAUUUUAAAAACCAAAUCCUUUUGUUGUAAUCAGUGUAGAUAAGAAACUACACUAAGCUAAACAAAUGAGAUUUUGUAAAUCUUUCCCAAGGUAUUUUGAUAAUGAGAAAAACACUCUUGAGUCUCUGAAGAAUCCAUUUUGUUUAACAUGAAAG